GUGAGAGUGUGAAAAGAGAUGGAUAAAGAUACAGCUGAAGGAGUGGUGGCAGACGUACCAUUUGAGGAUGAUAGCCAAGAAGAACUUGUGCCUAAAAGAGGGGUAGUUUCUUUUGUGUGGAAUUAUUUCGGCUUCAAAACCUCGGAUGCCAAUCAAACGUCAGUUAUUUGUAAAGUCUGUCGAAGUAAAAUUGUUGCCGCUGGCGGCAACACAAGCAAUCUGCAACACCAUCUCAHUCGCAAACACAAAUUAGAAUAUGAAGACUUUUUAAAACUUAAAGUGGCUGCUUCCACAACCAAACACGGGAAAGCUUCAGCAGGACAGUCAAGUCAAACAUCACUUGCAGACGCGUUCGGCAAAGGUACUCCUUACGAGAAAAAAAGCAAGCAGUGGGUUGAAAUAACAAAUGCCAUCACUUUUCACAUUGCUAAAGACAUGGUCCCGUUAAGCGCUGUAGAAAAAGAAGGUUUUCGAGCUCUUGUCAAAACGCUGGAUAGCCGCUAUAUCAUACCAAGUCGGAAAUAUUUUGGCCAAACAUCGAUCCCCGCAUUGUACCAAGAGCACAGAGAAAAGCUACAAACAGAGGUGGCUACUGUCCCACACUAUGCGACGACAGCUGAUAUGUGGUCAAGCCGCACAAUGGAGCUGUAUUUGAGCCUGACGGUUCAUUUUAUCAAUGAAGACUGGCUUUUAAAAAGCUACUGUCUCCAGACGAGCUACUUCCCAAAUGACCACACUGGGGAACUGCUUGCUGUAGGCUUGCAGGAAGCACUGGAAUCCUGGGGACUAGCAGAAAACAAGCUAGUAGCUAUCACCACAGACAUUGGGACCAACAUCAAGAAGGCAGCCCAAAUCAACAACUGGACAAGACUGCAGUGCUUCGGGCACAGGCUUCACACAGCUAUAGAGUCUGGUGUGAAAGAUGAUCGGAUACAUCGUGCCAUUGGAGCCUGUAAAAAGGUCGUUUCAGCUUUCUCUUACUCAUGGGAAAAAAGAAGAGACCUGGCCGUUGCACAGGAUGAACUUGGUCUUCCAAAGCACAUAUUGACAACUGAGACACCCACCAGGUGGGGAUCACGUCAAAAAAUGAUUAAAAGAGUACUUGAGCAGGAGAAAGCCAUUAGUCAGGUUCUCAAAUCAGAGAGAAAAUCAAGGCACCUGGUGCUCACCUGGCAGGAUGUGGAUGUGCUGGAGUCCAUCAACAAGUUGCCAAGCUAGCCAGGCAGUACAUGUGUAUCCCUGCUACUAGUUCUCCAUCAGAGAGAGCUUUCAGCACUGGAGGGAACAUUGUCACGUGCCACAGGGCAGCCCUCAAACCAGAUGCUGUGGACCGUCUGGUUUUCCUUGCCCACGAUUUGUAAAAGUUCAAAAUGUGUGAAAACUGUUCUGAAAAUACUGCAGCCAAGUUGCACUACAAUACUUGAAUACUAGAAGUUCCACACUCAUUGUUUAUUGUUUAAAUAUUUUUAUUUAAGACAGGCAGUUACACACUUAUUUAUGUUUGUGUGAUUUAAGAGUAGAAGAGUUGAAUGUUUACUUUGUGAACACUUAAUUACAUAAUUAAGUGCACAAUUAACCACAACAUUUUGCAAAAUGUGAAUAUUUGAAACUUCACACUCAGGGUUUUUGUUUCUUGUUUAGAUACUUAUUUAAUACGGUUGCACAUUUAUUUAUGUUUGUGUGAUUUAUAGAAUAAGAGAGUAAGAUGUUUACCUUGUAAAUUACCUGCACAACAAAAACAAAGUUACAU